AUGUACUCGUACGGCGUGGCCCGCCUCCCCGUGUCCAUGUCAUCCCUGAUCGUGGCCUCCCAGCUGGUGUUCACGGCAGCGCCCGCCUUCCUCCUGGUGGGGCAGCGGUUCACGGCGUUCUCUGUCAACGCCGUCGUCCUCCUGUCGGUCGGGGCGGCUGUCUCGGCCACCACUGUCUGCACGGACGGGAUGGCCGUCAACCAUGAUUUUCAGGCAAUAGCGAGGGAAGCAAAAGAAUUUGGACUUGGGGAGACAAACUACUACUUAGUGAUGGUGGGGAGUAUCAUAAUCUGGCAAUGUUUCUUCUUUGGGAUGAUUGGUCUCAUAUUUUACUCAACAUCCCCCCUAUCGGUCGUCAUCAUCAGGGCGAAAUCCAAAUAG